AUGGCGGCGCCCAGGCGAGCUUCGCGGUGCCGUCGCGGAGCGGUGACGCGGCGGCGGGGCGCGGGGAGGAUGGGGCUGGGGCCGUGAGGGAGGCAGAGGAGGGCGGGAGGGCGAGGGAGAGGGCGGCUGUCGCCGCUGCUCCGGACACCUCAGCGGGGGGCGAGGCCUGAGGGGGACGGCGCCGGAGCCCCGCCGGCUGCCUCGGGGCUCGGAGGAGGCGGUAGUGAAAAAGAAAGUAUCAAGAUGAGUAAAAAGCCUCCAAAUCGUCCUGGAAUCACAUUUGAGAUUGGUGCUCGUUUGGAGGCACUGGACUAUUUACAAAAAUGGUAUCCAUCUCGUAUAGAGAAGAUAGAUUAUGAGGAGGGGAAGAUGUUGGUCCAUUUUGAACGUUGGAGUCAUCGCUACGAUGAGUGGAUUUACUGGGACAGCAACAGGUUGCGACCCUUGGAGCGACCGGCAUUAAGGAAAGAAGGGCUGAAAGAUGAUGAAGAAUUUGUUGAUUUUAAACCUGGAGAAGAAGUCCUAGCUCGUUGGACAGACUGUCGAUAUUACCCAGCAAAGAUUGAAGCAAUUAAUAAAGAGGGAACAUUCACAGUACAGUUCUAUGAUGGUGUUAUUCGGUGUCUUAAGAGGAUGCAUAUCAAAUCUAUGCCAGAGGACGCAAAAGGGCAGGCGCGCGAGAGGGAGCAGAUAGCGCCGGAGCUGAGAUUAGUGACGGAAAUCGAACCAAAAGAAGAUUGGAUAGCUUUGGUCAAAGCUGCUGCUGCAGCAGCAGCCAAGAACAAAGCAGGAAGUAAACCUAGAACCAGUGCAAACAGCAAUAAGGAUAAAGAGGAUCGAAAAUGGCUAAAAGUUCCUUCAAAAAAGGAAGAAACCUCAACCUCUACAAUCAUGCAGGAAGUCCAAAAAAAGGAAGAGGAGCCUACAUCUAGUGACACAUUUGUAGGAUUUCCUGUAGUGGAUGUUCCAAAGAUGGCCUUUGUGCAAGCAGAGAGCACGUUAUCACACAAGAGGAAAAGUAAUCUAGGCAACUCAUUUCAGGCAAAGAGAGCUCGUCUUAACAAGAUCACUGGUUUAUUGGCAUCCAAAGCCGUUGUUGCAGAUGGUGCUGAAAAAAAGGAAGGCAACAAAGAAACAGCUCCAGUCCUGGAGCAGGAGAUUUCACCUAAACCACAAAGUCAGAAAAAAAAUGAAGCUGAUAUUAGCAGUUCUGCCAACAUUCAGAAACCUGCACUGUUAUCCUCAACUUUGUCUUCAGGAAAGGCUCGCAGCAAGAAAUGCAAACAAGAAUCUGGAGAUUCUUCUGGGUGUAUAAAGCCCCCUAAAUCACCACUUUCCCCAGAAUUAAUACAAGUCGAGGAUUUGACGCUGGUCUCUCAGCUUCCUUCUUCUGUGAUAAAUAAAACUAAUCUCUUUUUAGGUCCAUCACAACCACUGAAUUCCCCUAGAUCCUACAAACAUAGUCAACGGAGAAGAAGAUCACAACGUUUAGCCACUUGCUCGUUGCCUGAUGAUUCUGUAGAAAAAGUUUCUUCUCCCUCUUCAGUUACUGAUGGAAAAGUGUUCUCCAUCAGUGCUCAAAACCAACAGUCAUCAAAAUUGGAGGUACCCGAUGUUGCUCAUAUGUCACUUGAGAAGCGUGGACCCUGUCUCCCUCUUGAUUUAAGCCGUAGUUCGGAAGUUUCAGCACCAUUAUCCACAGAAUCCACUUUCCGUAAUGAAUACCCCAGUAAAGACAAGGAAGAUAUUCAGAUGAUUACAUAUCUUUCUUCCAAAGCAGUAACUGAUGGAAGAGUAGCUACAACAGCGUCAGCACCCUCGUCCCAUGUACAUGCCUUACAUCUGGAAAUGCCUUUAACCAGUAGUCUAAAGUUACCCAAAGGGAGUAGUAAAAAAAAGAGGUCUUCCACAUCAGUGAGCUCUGAAGGGACAGAGAUACAGUACUCUGUGCCCAUAAAGGAGAAAUGUUUUGAGAGUCUGAAGGAGAAAAUAUUAAAGAACGUGAUUGAGAAGGACAAGCAUUCAGAAGUUGGUGCGGUGAGAAUAGAAAGAAAAGGAAAACUGGAAGAGAAGAGUUCCACAACAUAUGGUAAGAAGAAAGAAAAGGAAAAGGACAAAAAAGAGAAAAAGGAGAAAGAUCAUAAAUCAAAACAGAAAAAGAAGAAGAAAAAAAAGAAGAAAUCUAAACAGCACGAUUAUUCGGAUUAUGAAGAUAGUUCUGUUGAGUUCUUGGACAGGUGCUCUUCUCCAUUAACGCGGUCCUCAGGAAGCUCUUUGACUUUGCGCAGCAUGUUCUCAGAGAAGAAUACAUCGUACCAGUAUCCAAGAGCUAUCUUGUCUGUUGACCUGAGUGGAGAAAAUCUUUCAGAUGUUGAGUUCCUGGAUGAUUCCUCUACAGAGAGUUUGUUACUUAGUGGUGAUGAAUACAAUCAGGAUUUUGAUUCAACUAACUUUGAAGAGUCUCAGGAUGAAGAUGAUGCUCUCAAUGAAAUUGUUAGAUGCAUUUGUGAACUGGAUGAAGAAAAUGGCUUUAUGAUUCAGUGUGAAGAGUGCUUGUGUUGGCAGCACAGUGUAUGCAUGGGAUUGUUAGAGGACAGCAUUCCAGAGCAGUACAUCUGUUAUAUCUGCAGAGACCCACCAGGAGAAAAAGGUCAUUCACAAUGUCAGUAUUUUAAAGUGUAUUGGGAUAAUGGGCAGAAAGGAGAUAGACAGGGUAUUCUCCUGAAAGGUCAGAGGUGGAGUGCCAAAUAUCUUUAUGAUAAAGACUGGCUAAACAACGGACACAUGUGUGGAUUAUCAUUUUUGAAAGAAAACUACUCUCAUCUUAAUGCCAAAAAGAUUGUGUCAACCCAUCACCUACUGGCAGAUGUAUAUGGUGUAACAGAAAUACUGCAUGGACUACAGCUGAAGAUUGGGAUAUUGAAAAAUAAACAUCACCCAGACCUUCAUCUCUGGGCUUAUUCAGGGAUGCGAAAAGAACAGGAACAAAUAACUCUUGGGGUAGAGAAAAAGAUAGUGACUUUGCCAGAUGCUGUUAAUCUGACUGAAAGGACGUGUCACAGUCAAAACCAUAAAGAGACACCUAGCUUACCCCAGAAGAUGGAGGAAACAUACAUCACAAGUGAGCACAGUUACCAAAAACCACAGAGUUUUGGUCAAGACUGCAAAGCAGUCACUGACCCUAUGAGCUCAGAUGAUGAAGAUACAAGUAGUUUUGACGAAGACCAGGAAUUUUGUUCAGAGAAUAAAAACUGUUUACAGUAUUCUUUUAAAGAUGAUGGCAUGAAUGAGCAGAAGAAUUCUGCUGAAGGAAACACUGUGUUUCUUUGUAAUGAAAGAAAAGGCUCAGAGGAACAAGUGGACACGCAUCUUCAAUGGCAGCUAAAUCUCCUUACCCAUAUAGAGAAUGUACAGAACGAAGUCACCAGCAGAAUGGACCUGAUUGAAAAGGAAGUUGAUGUUUUAGAAAGCUGGCUGGAUUUCACUGGAGAACUGGAGCCACCAGAUCCUCUGGCAAGAUUGCCUCAGCUCAAGCGACGUAUUAAACAGCUCUUAAUUGACAUGGGGAAAGUACAGCAAAUAGCAACGCUUUGCUCUGUAUGACAAAAGGAAGAAUAAAGAAAUGAAAAUAGGUUCUCUACGGUGAAUUUUCUUAUUAGCCACAAGACUGACAGGAAGACAGCAAAAAGCUGAGCAUUUAUAUAGUUCUUUGCUGAUUACAUUAAUAGCCUGAAGCUUUAGAGAGAGGAGAGGAAAUCUAGAGUAAGAAAUUUGUUGUAUCGAAAAUCUGAAUAUUCAAUGUCCAAACCUCAAAAUAUAAUAUAUUACAUACUGAGAAAUAUUGAUUUGAUCGUAACGUGAAAAACAAGGAAACUUCUGCAUACAAGAAAGCUGAACAAACACUCUGCGAAGAACAGUGCUACUAUUUUGAAACCUUUGACAGAAAAUUCUAAAUUCAGUAUUCAACUGACUAAAAGUUAUUGAGAACUGUAUUUUCAGUUAAUUCCUCUUAUCUUGCUAGUGAAAGAUAGACACAGAGAGAUCUGUAUCCUCUCUACAAGAAAAUUUAUAGAUUAUUUCCUUCUCUCGUGAAUGUUCAGGAAAAUGAGCAUACUAGCUUUGAUUUUGAAAGAAACUACUUGUCAUGGUCUCCUUUUUAAAGUAUUUUUUUAAAUAGAAAUCCUUAUUACAGCACCCUUAGGCUCCUUGCAAACGUAAGUGGUAAAUAGUGGUCAGAUGUGCCAAAAAAUAUUUACAACCACUGGGAUGAAAUUUUUAUUAUGGCUUACAUGAAGGUUUUUUUCAAAGUCCUACUUGGUGCCAGCAAUCCACCCCAAAUUGUAUGUAGGUGGGUUUUUUGUUUUUAUUUUUAUUUUUUUAAUGUUCUAUGGCAGUAUUCAGAGUUCAAAGUACCCUUUUUGUCCUGGAUAGCUCUGUUCUGGUUUGUGCCCUCUAAAACUUUACCAUCCUCAGCUGGGAUGAGGAAUGACAAGAGAAGCAAAACUGUCUGUGGCUGUGAAUAUACUAAACCACUAGGAUAAAUAUCACAAGAUACAUUAUACAUUUUUUUAUAAAAAUUUCCAGCUUCAGUGAAUGAAACAUCAUGAAACCAAAGGCAACCUAGUUGCUCUGUUAGCUCUUGCUGGUUUUUGAGCCCAGGACUUUCCCUGUGCUUAUAAGUUGCCGCUGUACCCAGUGCUACAUACAUACUUGUAUGUGUAUGUAUAUGUGUAUAGAUACACAUGUACAUAUAUACAUACUAUAUACAUUUAUAUCUACAUGUCUAGUUUUAUUACAAUAGACUAUAAGAACUGGUGGUUAACAUGAAAUGUUACCUUUUAACAAGCAGUUUCUAAAAUUGAAAAUAAUGUAUGUACAGGUUUUGAAAUUUGUAAAAUAUGACUGUUAAAAGGAGGCUAUUUAACUGAUGACAUUAAGAUACUUGAACAUUUUAUGCCUCGCAUCUGUUUAUCAGUUCUAGUUAUCUGUAUAAAUGCAUUUUAGAACCGAUAGACAGUAAACUUGAAUUUACCUUUUGAUAAGAGUACAAGCCACUGUACAUUCAAAAAUUAUUUAAAUUUGCAAACACACUGUUCUAUAUGUAAGGUACUGUAUGUAAAACUGUUUAUUAAAACUAUUCUGCAUACUCUAUAUUUUCCAUUUUUCUUCCUGAUCUACAUACAAGUGUAAAAUGUGAUUACAAUAAUGUACAGACCAUCAAAAAUCAAAAAAUUUUGGACUGCCUUUUGAGGAUUCAUAAAAUUGAAAAGUGUGCCAAAGAUGGAUUAUCUGGGAAAGACUUUGCAACCUGCACAUUGAACUUUCAUGAUAAAACCAUAACUGAGAAAGUAGCAUGGCUGGUUCAUUGCUAAAACAUACCUACCCUGACAUCUCCUGUCAGUCUGUCAUGUCUGAAGUAAGUUAUCACUCUUGAUGUCAAAAACAAAAUGUAAGCCUGUGUUAACAGAGUGGUUGCUAUUUAAAAAGUCUUGCCAUGUCAAGCUUAUAGGAGAUAUUACAGAGCUGUAUGAUAAUGGAGUCAAUUAUAGCAUCAUGAUCAGCAACUUCCUAAUACAGAAAGAAUGCAGCAGCUGAGGAGCUGUUGACGUUUUUAUAGCAACUGUUAAUAAAUAAAGUACUGUGUUAUAUAGUUGGAUGCUUAAAUUACUGCUUAAACCAAUAUGAGUAGCUGAGUGACCUACUUGCUUUUUGAUAUGUGAGACUUUUAUAUAUUAUUCACUUGCUGCAUAUCCCUGAAUGUGGUACUGUGUGUACUAUAUAAGAGAAGUGUAAAUCCCGGUGAAUCACUUUGUUUCAAAGUGGAGUGUAUUUAGCUAAUUUAUACAGCAUACACUGUAGCAAUAUUAUGCAAUGUGUGUGCAUGUGUGUGAUGUAAUAUAACUGUAAAUGUUACUGAAGGUGGAGGUGUGCGGAGAGAUUCCAGGCGGGAGGAAGGGAAGUGCAGGGAUGGAGGAAUUUUCUGAAAAGGACGUCAUGAGGUCAGAGUUGAAGUUGCCCUUGUAGCUACUUGUGUUUGCAGCAGUCUCUAAAUUUACAUGAGUACGUAACCUUAUCCCUCAGGAUCCUACCUUAUUCAGGAUCGACUGUGCUUACAAAAACAAGUAAUCUGUUUAAUAUUUAUUUUUUUUAUCUUCAUUUCUUGUGUAGUCAAUCGUUAUAAAUAGAGAAAAAAUCUUGCAAGCAUUCAUAUCUUGUAAAAAAAUAUGAUAGUUUCCUUAAGGACAGUGUUAUGAUACAUUCAUUGUGUGUUGCCUGAAUGCUUCACAAACUUGUCUUGGUUUGCUUUCUCAAAUUGUGACGUUAGUCUGUGACACAUGUAUGUUAGUUUUGGCCCCAGUUUCUCAAAUACUCAGAUGUAUGGGAUGCUUUUGAAGUUUUUUUUUUUGAACACUUACAAGUCAAGUGCCAUAAAAGUCUAAGUGUUUUGCAGAGUGUAGCCUACAGUUGAUUGCUUUGCUCGUGUGCCAGUCAAACCUGAUGUGAUCUGGUUGAUACCAGUAAGUCUUCUAGUUGACAUCAAGGGAAUCUUUUUUUUUUCUCUCUAGGCAUCAUUUUCCAUCUGUCUUCCUGCUUACUCAAUAAAUAAUCCAGGGAUCUAUACACAGUCUCUUAGCAACAUCACUUACCUGGAUAUGAAUUGCAGUUUCUUGUGCUGUAUGACAAAGGAGGCUGUCUUCAAGGAGGGAAUAAUAGUAUGUGGUGCUGUAAUGACAGUUUUUGAUGCUUGUGCUCAGAAAAGUAAAACAAAUGUAAGUUUUCAGCCUUCUUUUAACUUACAAGAUUUUAAGUAAUAAACAAAAGAAAUGCCUUUGGACUUCUUGUGAUUCCACAGGGCUAAAUGGCAAAUUUGUGGAGCCUUUAAAUGCCUAGCUUUUUGUCUGGAUUUCAUCCACACUGUUUUUUCUUGUGGAGAGUAUCAGGAAUGAGUUGCUUCAAACCCUUCUUCCUGUGCCCAUAACAUAGCCAUCCACAUCAGAAAUCUUGUGUUUUCAGUUGCAGUGGUGGCAGCAGGACAUCAGUAUUACAGUCAUAAAGGAAACAGUAUUGGUGGUGUUAUCAGAUAACGUAUAUGAGGGGUUGCCUAUGUUUCAGUUAUAAAAUGAGAGUUGCUUCAAAUUGUAGGGCAGAGAAUGGGUUGGAAGACACUUCCUACUAACUCUGUUCUUGGGUAGCUGUAGGGAGGUAAUGCCCAUAUUUUGGAUAUUCUGGCCUUAGAUGCAUAGAUCUUUGUUCAAGUAUAGAGUAAUUUACAGCCACAGAAGUCCAUAAUCAUAUUUAGAAGAUGAGUUUUGGUUUCCUGAUGGUUUUCUUUGCUGCCUUGUGAAGAAUUGAAGCUGUUCUUCCAUGGGUGCAGUCCUCUUGUAGAGCUGACAUCCUCCCAUCUCUUCACCUGAUAUCUAAGUUUCUACAUGUGCUCCUUAUCUGUUUUCCACCUUGCAUCUGACUCUCCUCUUGUUCUUCAGUUUUCUGCACUCUGCCCUGUUUUGUGAUGCCAGGAGGGUUUCAAUCUUGUCCACUUUUAUUUUCUGGCUGCUGGGGGAAGCGAUUCUAGGGAAAGGUCUCCUCUGCUUUUCUCUCUUACGUCUUAAGUGUCCUACAAGCUGUGUAUGGUCGGAUUGUCUGUACCGUGACAAAAUCUUCAGAUGGUUUUGCUGCCUUCCUCUAGUACACAUCUUCUGAUCACGUGCAAAUGUUGAUCUCCUUGUGCUCCCAUCUGGCUUCUAGAUUAUCUGGGCUCAAAUGAAUUCUACAAAAACAAAACGAAACAACCAAACAAAAAACUUACACUCCAGCUCCUUGCCAGGAUGGAGGUUUUCAUGUACAGGAGUCACUUGGGCUUUGCUGUGAAAUUACAAAAUGCUUGCAAAACAGAAUAUUUUUCCUCUGUAUUUGAAGGAAAACUGCAAAUAUUUUUUUUCACUGAGACUUUAAAAGACAGAAAACAGAUCCUGCACUGAGAUAACCAGAGCAUGAUGUUAAAAUCAGCCACAAAAUCAGAGAUGAGAAGCACUGCAACCAGGAGCUUCAUAACAAGAAGUGGGCAGCCCAUCCAUCUUGAGAUCCUCGCCUUAUUACCGUCUCUCCGGAGGUGCUGAUGUGUGAAGGGGGUCCUGCAAUUAUGCCCUUCAUUGCGAAUGGGAAUCACCUUUGCCACGUCAGUUUAACAGACUGGAACCUUGUGUUUUCUCUCUACUGCUUACAAAUGUUGCAGUCUGUCAGCCUUAAUUUCACAGUGCUUAUUAAAAUCAGAGGCUCUAAUCCAUCGCUAUCUUUGCAUUCAAUUAGCUGCUACUAUUCUUCCAUUUUACUGAGACUAUGUGGCUAUAGGUGAUCACUUUACAAUUUUUUGGAAAUACUUCAGUAAUGAUUUUUAUUAUACCGUGUUGUGUCCUGGGCGCCGGUUAUAGGGAUCUGUCUUUAGCAAUAACUAUUAUACACUAUGUGUAUAUCUGUUUAUAUAUGGAAAAUAAAUACGGAGCAUGUAACGACUGUGAAAAUAACCUGCACAAAGAGCAGAGUGAGCACUUGGCGGCCAUUCUGCACCAGCCUGAACAACCCAAAUGAAAAAUUGGAGACCGUGUGGAGAAAAUGAACUAGCAUGAAAAACUAUUCAGGAGUGGAUUUCCCUUUACGUGCACAUGGGGCUGUGUGUAAGCUGUAGACGAGCCAGCCUUGAGUAACUGAAGCCAGUUCAAUUGCUGUUUGCUCAAACAGCAGCUUCCUCUUCUGUAGAACUGGCGAGAGCCACUGUGUUCAGCUGUAGCCCUGUGCGUCAGUGUAUUGUCACUAACCACACCGAGAGAGGCAGCAGUGCACUAGGAUGACAUCUUCUACGAGCGACGCAAAGUAAUUUCUUCUGUGAUUUGUCUUUUUAUAAUAGCAAUAAUGUUGACUGCAUUCUAAUACAAUAAAGGUCUGUUGAGAUUAUGUGCCUGGGCUUCCAUUCAGUGGACUUUAGUCUUAGUGAGUUGGUGAGCAUUUGCGUAUGUUUUAAAGCAGUAGGGAAUCUUCACUCAUGUGUUUAGCCUGUAGUCAAUAAACUACAUACAGUGAUGGAUACUCUUUUAUUCGUGUACAUCUCAAAACCUUAGGGGAUCUUCAGUUGUAUUUUAGUCUGUAGCUGAAUUAUGUAACCAAUAAAUUAUUUGCAGUAACAAAUGCUCUCUUACUGUGCAACCAAGUAAUUAGAAGACUUUUCUGUUCCUGAGCUGCUCUGGUGUUUUAACAAUUUCAAGUGUUGAGUUUUGCAAUGCACUCGGUUCUUGAAAGGGUCUUUUAACAACUUAUUCACAAUGAUGGUGUCUCUUUGUGGGCUGAUGUCUGCCUUCUAAGAGCGUUUUUAUAGUUUUGUGUCUCUGUGUGACGUCAUUACAAAAUAACUUCAAUUUAUUUUAAUGAUUUCUUGUAUUUUAAUAUUGUCUAUAAAUGGUUGUUCAGGAUUGUACUGUAGUAGGAAACGAGCAAGCAAUGCUGAGAAUAUUCCUGUCCUAACCGUCUUGUGGACUUGGGCAUAAAUGAAAUCAGGCAGUAUUUAAACAAGUCAUUGAUACACAGAAAUAGUUUAGUUGUUCACAUAGCAAAAAUUGCUACGAUCUUGAACAUAUUAAAAAAAAAAAAAAAGUUAAUCUAAUACAGAAGAUCUUUCCUUUGUUACUGAAGACAACAUCUCAAAACGGUCUCUUAAAUUUAAAAGAUA